GCCGUCAUACAUGAGGAAUCCGAAUAUUUUCCCCUUUUUUUACUUGUUAUUCUCUGUUUGAAGAAAAUGGUUUCGAGUACAAGAUAUUUGCGACUCGUAUAAACCAGUAAAACCACUACUCAGAAGCUUUUGUUUAUAUGUAUUAUUGCAAAAGCGCUGUCUGGCCCCUAAUAACCUGGGAACAAAAACGUGCGCGACGCGCGAAAAAGACACGCUAUUGCGCGCCUACGCGGUAUAUACAGAUGGCGGGAAGUUGGAAUAUUCAACAAGUCAAUUUGUAAUACAAAUUUCCAAGAUUGUAUCCAUAUGGCUGAAAACAGUAAAGAAGAGAUCGCAGCAAAUAUCAACCUAAGCCUAGUACAGGUAUCUAAUAAUCAGUGGCUCAAUGACGAGAUAAUAAAUUUCUAUGGAAAUCUUCUACAAGAAUGCGCACAGAAGAUGCCUAAUGUAUCAAUCACAAUUAAAAACAGCUUCUGUUUCACAAAGUUUAAAAAAGAGGAAUUUUCCAAUUCAUUUGCUAGAUGGAUGGACAAGGAUAGUUCAGUUCUAAGUGACUUGCUCAUGUUCCCUAUCAAUGAAGAUAAACACUGGACACUAUGUGUGGUGGACAAAAGAAAUAAAGUUGUCACCUACUAUGACUCCUUGGGUGGUACAGAUUGCAUACCUGACUAUGUUGUGGAUCAUUUAAAAUUAAUAAGAAAACUUGUUACUCACCUAUACCCUGAACAUAAUUCAGAGUCUUGGAGUUUUGGGACUGCAAAAGAUAUUCCGAAACAAGACAACUACAUUGACUGUGGAGUAUUUCUGUGUCAGUACAUGAAGCAUUUGGUAUUUCAACAGCCAUUCUCAUUCAACCAGAAAGAUAUAGCAAAAAUUCGAUUGGAUAUGGUGAAUGAAAUAAGAAACAAAGAAAUUAAAGCAUGCGCAUUAGAGCGACCAUCUGUAACAUCACCAGAACAGACUGCGAUAGUGUUGCCAGAUGAUGUAGUUAAAUCCUCCCCCUUAAGUGAAACAGGUGACAUCCUCUCGAUUAAAGAAGAAGUAGAUCAAGAUGCUAGUAAUGACAUAUUUUACGUUGGUAGAAAGUUCUAUACUGUAAAUGACUUUAAUGAGGCCAAAGCCAAAUAUGAGGAUAUUCACUUUUGCGAGCUGUGGAAACGAGAUGUCAGAACCCUUGUAUCUGCACAGAAGCGAGUCCCCAAACGAGUAGCAAAUGCUGAGUUGAGCCUCCAGUACUACUCCCUGAAAUUAAGCUGCAAAUUUGGAGGAAGAAAAGCAGAGAAUAGAGACGACAGAAAGCGUGAUACUAAAACCUUUAAACAAGGAUGUCAGUUCGAAGUUUAUAUUGUUUUGUCCACGGACGGAAAAGCGUUAGAAGUUAUGAAAAUGACCAUGGAUCACAACCAUUCUCUGUCAGAAGAACUGUACAAACAUCUACCUCGUCAGCGAAAGCUCACUGGUGCACUGAAAGAGGAAAUCCAAGGUGCAGUGCGCCUAAAAGCUAACAACAAACUGCUGCAACAGAAAAUACAAACCACGACAGGACAGCGAGUAACAUUAAAGGAUAUUUCAAACUUGAAAACCAAAACCAAGUCGAAAAUAAAUAGCAAUGACCUUGACGUCGUCGUGGAUUAUCUGAAGACAAAAGAAGGCGCAGUUGUAGAAGUAGCAACGGACGAAGACAGCAAUUUUAAGUCUCUUUUCUUUCAAGACCAGUACAUGAAACAUGCGUACGACAGGUUUCCUGAGCUCCUGCUUGUGGAUGCUACUUACAAACUUCUUGAUUUGAGAAUGCCACUCUAUGUGCUGAUGGUAGUGGAUGGAAAUGGCCUUAGUGAUAUUGUCGCCCUUCUAAUCGUUGCUGAAGAGAGUGAAACUGUCAUAACAGCAGCCAUGGAAGCAUUUAAAAGGCACAAUCCAGCUUGGAUAAGGACUACAGUAAUCAUGUCCGACAAGGAUUUCACAGAACGUCAAGCCUUCGCCAAAUGCUUUCCCAGCGCAUCCCUACUUAUAUGCCUUUAUCAUACACUUCGAACUUUCAGAAGGGAGAUAACAGUUGAGAAAAUGGGGAUAACGUCAGGUGAACGGGACAGAGUUCUUGAGAUAUUAACCGCAAUAAUUUAUUCCAAAACAGAAGAAGCCUAUGAAGAAAACGUAAAUCUGUUAAAGGAAACCAAAUCAAAAGCUGUAAGAAACUAUUUCUUUGACAAUUGGCACCCUAUAAAAGAGCAAUGGGUUUCUUGUUUUAAGGAUUCAACUUUUAACCUUGGUGAAACAACCAACAAUCGUUUAGAGAGUGCUAAUGCGAAGAUUAAAAGUGUUUGCUCUCGCUAUGCAACACUUUUACAAUUUUUUACAGAAAUGUUUGCACUCCUUGGAACAUUGCGGAAUGAAAGGACACACCAGAAAAUUAUGGCAACAUUACGCAAGCCCAUAUCAAUUGAAUCGUGUGAGGAGGACAUCCGCACAUAUGCUGAAGUUCUAACACCAUACGCUUUCAAACACCUUAAGCGUCAAGUUGAACUUGCCAAACGUUUAACCGUACAACAGGUUUUGUCCGAGAACAAAGUUUUAAUAAAGAGUUGUACCUAUGGUGAAGUAACAGUGUCAGGUAACACUUGCCAAUGCACGUAUCCUGUGAAAAUGGGACUUCCAUGUAGACACAUCCUUAAAGCCAGAACUGCGCUUAAGUUAUCUCGAUUUGAUCCUUCCCUCCUCUCUGCCAGAUGGACCGUUGAAUACUAUAAUAAAGCUUCUGAGGCAGCCAAUGUGCCAACCACAUGCGGCAUCAGCAACGUCGAUGUCCUUCAUGAAAGUAAAGAGAAAUCUACCACUUUGACGCAAGCCCAGAAAUUCCACAAGGCAAUGAAUGUGGCACGAACCCUGGCUUCACUGGCAAGUGAAGGCGGAAUGAAGACAUUUGACAGUAGAAUGGCUGAUCUGCAACAAAUUCUCAACCUUUGGCAAGCACAAGACAGUCUUGGAAGAUGCAGCAACACUGAAGACACAACAAAUAUUGAUGAAGAAAAGCCCACCAAAACCCAAAACGAACAUUUUCGUAACAAAGAUCAUGACAUACCCUAUGAUAAAAGAGAUUUUGGUCCCAUUCCCCGUGAUCAAAAGAAGGCCAGUAGAAACAAAAACAAAUCAAAUGUUCCAGGUGACGUUGCCAAAACUUCUCCCACCAUCCUCGCUGAUAAGUCUAAGACUGCUGGUACAUCUUCACAAGUAAAGAGCAAAGAAAAUGAUUGCAAGCAGAAAGAGCUUAAAAACAUAAAAAUGCCACCGAAAAUGCUCAAGAGAGGAAGGCCCAAAGGAGCGGAAUUAACUGUCAUUGGGCUACCCAAAGUAAAGAAAGCAAAGAAAGGGUUGCUGCCAUUUUGCAAGGUGAAAGCAGUAGAAAAGGACAGGAUUCUUUUAGAGUGCUUUGUCCGUUGUUCAGUUGCUAACAACGCAAUCCAAAGUGGUGAUUUAAUACCACCAGAAGAAGUCGAAACAAAUCCUCUUAAGCUUCCAGACAUGAUUCGUGACAAAGAGAAUGUCGAUUUGAAUAGGAUUGAGAAAUAUUUUGUUGCCAAUGCAUGGAAAGUUGUUCUUAAUGUCAGUGAAAAAAAGAACAAGACAAAGUGGAUAUGUCCUGGAUGUUCAACCACAAUCAGCAGCAAAGAUGAAAGUGUAGCAUGUGAAAGGUGCCUGUGUUGGUAUCAUAUUAAAUGUACUUCACUGAAAAGACCACCCAAGACAAGGAAUUGGUUUUGCAGCAAAUGCAAAGCUAAGCACGUAUAA